UGUGGGAGGAAAAAAAAAAAUCCGGGGAUCUGAGUCAGCAGCUGCGGCUCCGGCUGUUGUCCCGAUCCCCUUCAACUUCCGUGGGUCGUUUCUUCUCUUCUACACUUUAAGAUAACCGCUACAACAAAGUUAGUUUCCAACAAGAAGCAUCUGUGAGGGAAUAAAACCCCCUCCGGCAGAACCAGACUGAAGCGGACUCUCCGCAUGUUUUUUGUGCUAAACAUUUACUCGGAGGCUCCAUGUCCGUCCGUGUUUCAGCCAUGAGUGUUCUUCCCCCAGUUCGAAGGGACCGUGUAAUUGCUGAACUCCCUAAGUGUUUCAGGAAAGAGGCUGCUGUCCAUACUAAGGAUGAUUUCAACAAUAAAGUGAGGACUGCCUGCCAGGAACAGCGAACUGGCACUGUGGGCAGAUUUAAGAUCUCUAAGGUCAUUGUUGUGGGUGAUCUGGCCGUGGGGAAAACCUGCCUGAUUAAUAGAUUUUGCAAAGAUGCUUUUGAUAAGAACUACAAAGCGACAAUUGGUGUUGACUUUGAGAUGGAGCGGUUCGAGGUUCUGGGUGUUCCCUUCAGUCUACAGCUUUGGGACACUGCAGGCCAAGAGAGGUUCAAAUGCAUUGCUUCUACGUACUACAGAGGAGCCCAGGUUGUAAUUAUUGUGUUUGACGUGAAUGACGUUGCCUCUUUGGGUCACACAAGGCAGUGGCUCGAAGAUGCCUUAAAAGAAAAUGACCCCACUAGUGUUCAGCUCUUCCUCGUUGGCACAAAGAAAGACCUGAGUUCUCCUGCUCAAUAUGCUCGGAUUGAACAAGACGCUCUGAAAAUAGCUCAAGAGAUCAGUGCUGAGUACUGGGCGGUUUCAUCACUUACAGGGGAAAAUGUAAAAGAGUUUUUCUUUCGAGUUGCUUCGUUGGCAUUUGAGAUAAAUGUUCUCGCAGAGUUGGAGAAAAGCGGGUCAAGGCAAAUUGGAGAUGUUGUCAAGAUUAACAGCAACUCAAGCGGUCUGCACAACACUUCAAAGAAGAAACAGCCCAACUGCUGUCAGUGAGGGUGGAUGGAAGAUUUUUGAAGGUACAGACUGAAGAUGAGGGUUUCUGUCUGGAAAACGACCAGCAGUUCUCAACACACAGGAGGGACUCUGUGGUAAAAACAGGACUUUUACUUCCUGGCAUGACUGAAUUCAGUUUUUCCUGGCCUUGACAGAAUUUUCCUUCAUGAGAUUCUUGUGGUGUUGCUCAGUUUAACUUGUCUGAAGUUACAGUGACCCAGCAAUUACACAGAGUUUCUCUGUUGUGAAAAAUUAUCCUGCCAAGAUGCCAAAGAAUGACUGGUCCUUUUAACAUGCUGUAUGAAAUGUCCACUUUACUUGGGGCUUAAAUUAAAUAUAUAUGUUUUGCUGCUGUGGCUAUACAGUGUGUAUAUAUAGCACCAUUAAAAUGCACGGGCCAGAAAAAUAUGUAUAUUUGGAGAUAUAUUAAAUAAAUUGGUUUGGGGUUACCUUCAUAUUAAAGAGGGAAGCAUCGGCCAAUAGAGAAUGAAUUGUAGACAAAUUGUGAUCAACUUAACACGCUUGUUCAGACACAGAAUACAGGUACUCAGAAACUGAAAGUGUCAUCUUUCAGUAUCGGGUGUGUCCACCUCUGGCUUCCAAACAAGCAGUGCAGUAACGACGCAUGGAACUGAAAAGUCUUAUGAUCCUGUCCUGAGGGAUGCGAUCCAAUCCAAUCUGGCAGUCAGACAACUGUACUGCGCAGACGGCGAGCGACUUCACCACGGCUCAGACCUGCUCGUAACAUGCCAAGGGCACGUUCUCUCUGUUGUAUCGUAAGUCGUGGCAUUUUUAGCUGGCAAAAACAUUUCGGUGUUUUCUUUGCUGCCUUUAU